AAGUUCUGUUGACAUUGUUGAUGAAUCCGAGGCGGGAGAUGCUGAGCUGUGCUGCAUUUGCUUCGAGCACGCUUGCACGAUAGAGGUGCAAAACUGCGGGCAUCAAAUGUGCGCGCAGUGCAUUUUAGCAAUCUGCUGUCACAGCAAACCCAAUUCUUCGAGUGCUGCCAAGAAUAUCCCGGUGUGCCCGUUCUGUCGAAGCAGCAUCGCUCGACUAGUCGUUGCCAGGAGCAAAAUAGAGGGCGAGAUUGAGGUGGAGGUGGGCCCCACAAAGACAAGAAAAACGAGAAAAUCAUUUAAUCUGGGCGAGUGCAGCAGCAGCUUUAAGGGUUUGUCGUCUUUGGGUUCGUUCGGGAGAUUGGGUAGAAGUUCCGGAAGAGUUGCUGCGGAAUGUGACGACGUGUUUGAUAAGAAUUUAUAAUUUUGAUCUAGUUCGGAUUCAGUUAAAUUUCGUGGGAUUAAUUUCCCGAUUAUUCCGGCUUAAUAAAAGCUCGAAUUUAGUGAAAAUGUCAAUUAUUUUGUAAUGUACUUAGAUAUGAUGAUUCUCUACUGAUCAGCUGCUUGGUUUUAACCAUGGAUCACUUCUUAUUU